AUGACCUACAAUCGCAUUGCUGUCUAUGGCCAUCGGGGCUGGGUCAGCUCUGCUAUCUUCGCCGCCCUUGCACAGUCUGGCGCCCCUAUCAAGGUUCUCUACCGAUCCGGCUCCGAUGUAAGUGAUCUUCCCAAAGGUGUCACAUCGGUCGAGGUAGACGUGGAAGACCAACAUGCGCUGGAAGCUGCGCUACAAGAUAUCGAUAUUGUCAUUUCGCUGGUUGGCCUAGAGGGUGUGACGCGCCAACAUGGAUUCGUGAAAGCUAUACCUCAAACCGAGGUCAAACUCUUCGUGCCUUCGGAGCUUGCUCUACGUUGCGAUGACCAGGGAUUACGAGUUCCAGUGAACAAAGCAAAAUUCGAAGUCGAAGCUGCCGCCAAGCAGGCUGGCAUAUCAACCACUAUUAUUCUACCAGGCUAUUUCGCAGAGUCUGCUCUCAAUUCUUGCCUGAUUGGAGUUGAUGUGCCACGAAAUCGAAUCGUCUUUACUGGGGACAGUGAACGGCAGAUUCUGAACAUUUGCACAAGGGAGUAUGUUGCAGCCGCAUACGCAGCGAUUUUCGCCCAAACACCCAUCUCCCAACUCCAGGACACCGUCUUCGGCCUAUCAGAGUUGCGCGUUACGGGAGAAGAUGUCGCAAACUCGCUCGAGAAAAAACACGGCGCUCCCCCUCAAAUCUUCCGACACAGUCUCGAGGAAGCAGAUCGCCAAAUGCAAACUCGUUUGGACCAGGGUCAACCUCUAGCCUUGGCAUGGUAUUGUCGUCGGGUUUGGGGGUCAGGGCAGGUGCUGAACGCGAUUGGAUCCAAUAUCUGGGAAUUAGAAGGGUACCAGAAAAAGAGUCUGAAGGACUUGAUUGAGGAUGGGAAGUUGGUUGCCUAUCGUGAAGCAUCGCCGGCGUUGAAGGCUGCUCUGGAGGGGACCUUUUAUUGA